CCACAACGCCAAAAAGCCGUAACACUUGCCCUUCUCGCGCCAUUCCACCAAAAGGAAAGGAAAGCGACCCAGUUCAAAUCUCUCUCUCUCUCUCUCUUCUCGCUCGACAUGGAAGACAGCAAGGCCGACGCCGACGCGGCCGCCACCGCGCGGUCCGGUUCGACCCGGAACGGUUCGGCCGCGGAGGCCCCGGCGCUGCCGCCUCCGCCGCCGCGAGCGGUAGUGCCGGAGGUGAUGACGAUGGCCGUCAACAUGAGCGUGGGCCCGACCCUGCUGCCGGCCGAAGCGGCGGCGGCGGCGGCGAGCGGCGGCGGCGGUGGCGGCGACGGCGGCGAGGUCAGCUCGUUCGGGCAAACGAAGAGGAGGGGGAGGCCGAGAAAGUACGAUUCCGACGGCAACUUGAUACUGUCGCCGUCGUCCCCUCCCUUUGGCCUUCCCUCUCCUCCGUCGCGAAGGAGAUAUCGCGUCCGGGGUCGCGGCCGUGGGAACGGUAACAGGCAAUUUCUGGCAUCUCUAGGAGAGGUAUUUGCGAGCACGGCAGGAGGGGACUUCACGCCGCACGUGGUCACCGUCAAUACCGGGGAGGACGUAGCAGGGAAAGUAGAAACAUUUGCGCAAGGAGGGGCACGAGGCAUAUGCGUGCUCUCUGCCAAUGGAGCCGUUUCCAACGUCACCAUUCGACGACCUGGUUCUUCUGGUGGCCUUUUGACGUACGAGGGGAGAUUUGAGAUACUGACAUUAUCGGGGUCAUUCACAAUCACCGAUUAUGGAGGAGUGAAGAACCGGACCGGUGGUUUGAGCAUCUCGUUGGCUGGUCCAGACGGUCGGGUCAUAGGCGGUGGAAUUGCCGGUUUGUUGGUGGCUGCAAGUCCCAUUCAGGUUGUGAUCGGAAGCUUCAUGCCGAAUGGUUACAAGCCCCAUAAAAGAAAGUACACUCGCAGACAAGGAAUUGCACCAGCUCCCGCAGCCAUGGCCGGACCAGAUGCCGUCCAGGGGGCAGCCCUGAUUUCGCAACUGAAACCCGAUCAUGCAGAGAUUUCCUUUGCCCAACCAGAACCAGAUCAUAAAACAGACGAAUUUGAUCCGAUCGAGACUCCAAACGCCGAUACACCUGACACCGAGGAGGACUGGGACGAUCCCGAGGCCGGUCUCACGCCUGAUCAGAGGCUUUAUCCUGACAUCAAUGUGUCCGUUCCUGGUGACUGAGUCUCUAUAACUCCCGGAGUUCUUAGGCUAUUUAAUGCGGAUCGGAUCUAAUCUAUUUGAGGUCUUUACAGGCUGCUGACAAAAUGACUGGACAAAUUAGAGAACUAACUUUGUCUAUGGCUUCCUUUUCUGUGUUCAUGAAUGACUUUGUAGGAAAUGCUUCCUCUUUGUUGAUCAGCCAACGUUGUGGAA